CUCUCAGCCCUUUCUCUGCGCAAAGGUGUUUAUCCUACCUUUGUCAACCUAUACUUUUGUUUUUUUUAACAAACUCAUUCGUGCUCUCAUCUUACAAACAGUAAAAAAGGUAACAAUCUUGUGUUCCCAGUAGUUUCUGCUGACUUUGAUUCCGACACCACCUGUGAAAGAAAAUGUGCAGCAGUGCCAAGUAACAGGCUAACAGCCAAGAACUCAUCAUCCACCACCAGUUCACCACUGACCCUCUUCAUUCUUCAACCAAAUUUUGAGCCAUGCAGGACACGGUACUGUUUGUGUGAUUAAUACAAUCUCACAAGUACAUAAUUCUGGUCAUACUCUGCUUUGGUAAUUGUGGUACAAUAUAUGGGAGGAGUACACCAUACUGUACAGUGUACAAUACUUCGGUGCAUCACACAGUACAAAUACCCCAAGUCUCCACCAAGAAAGGUGAGCAGCUGGAGCUGUACAGUGGACUGUGGAGUGAGGUGAGCACAAGACAAACCCUGGAAUCAUUCAUCGCCAGAGCCAGCCGGAGCCAAGACAAGGGGGGCCCCUGCCUACCACACCCCCACCCCCAUUCUGUUUUCUUGGAUCCCUCCCUGCCACACUGCCGCUGCCGCUGGCCACUGCCAUUGCUUGCCCAUAAAAUUUUUCAAACCCCUGACGCUGCCUCCCCAAUAUUAAGGACACCCAUCUUCUCCCCCAAUUCUCCCGGCCCGUCGUCGGAGCAAGCAAUGUGCCCCAGAGCCACGGCUCAGCACUGCGGCGACGCAAUGGCUAGCGUGUGUUCGUUCGUGGAGGAGGAGUACAUCGACCUGGAUCUCAGCUCGUGCGGGGAGUUCGAGUUCCGGGUGCGCCGGAGCGGCGCGGCGGACGAGCUUCUCUGCCGGGGCAGGCUGCAGCCGCCGCCGCCGCCGGCGGCUGCUGGCCCGCACAAAGCUGCGCCACCGAGGCCUGGCGGUAAGGCGCAGGAGGUUGACGCCGGCGGCGGCGGCUGUGGUAGCGCCGGCAGGAGGAGCGCCGCGACGGUGGCGCCGCUGCAGCACUCGCACUCCGCUGGGUGCCGCGACGACGACACGCAGCCGGUGGCGAGGCUACGCACCGAGUGCUCCCGCCGCAGGAAGGCGGCGCGGACGGUGCACGCGAAGCUGCUGGCGUCCCGGGCCUUCUUCCGGUCCUUGUUCGCCAGGACCUCGUGCUCCGACGAGCAAUGCCGCGGCGCCGACGUCCGGGCCAGCACCAGAGCGGCUACGGCACCACCCGGCGAGACGAAGAGCACUGCCAGCAAGGCGGCGUUUGGCCAGAUCAAGAACGGCUACGGCUACGGCUACGGCUACGGCUACCACAGCGGCAGCGGCAGGGCGGCGCCGACCACCCUGCGGAGCAGCAUCGAGCAGGAGAAGCUGAUGGACGAGGAGGAGCUCGCCGCGGCCUCGGCCGCCGCCGCCCGCCAGCGCAAGUCCUUCUCCGGCGUGAUCAAGUGGCGGCACGCGGUGACGGCGGCGGCGCCUGCUCCCGCCGCGGCGCAGGCGAAGCCGCUGUCGUCGUCCUCGGCGAGGAGAAGCUCCUGCGUUGGCGGCGGGCCGGCGCUGAAGCGGAGCAGCAGCGCCCGGUCGGAGUCGGAGGGGCUGAUCCAGGGCGCCAUCGCCUACUGCAAGCGGUCGCAGCAGCAGCUCGGGCUCGCCAGGAAGAGCGUCAGCGACGCCGCCGCCCUCUGCUCCGCCUCCGCGCCUUCCUCCUGGCCUAGCAAUCCGGCUCGAUCAGCUGUAGUAGCUUACUGCCACUAGCCGUGAGUGAGCCUGUGACGUGUGCAAAAAAUGGAUGGGAUUUCAAAAGUGACCACAUCAAUAAUGUCAAGUUUAUUUAUCCUGUCUUUUCUUGCAUAUACAUAUAAGUAAUACUACAAUUCCUUCUUCAGUCA